CACAGACAUAGACUUGAUAGUACCAUUUGAUUUCAGUGACCUGAAUUCAAGAAGAGACAAAGUUCAAAGUAUGGAAGAUCUGCUUAAUCAUUUCUUUAAUGAUAUCAAGCAACAAAGAGUUCCCGCCUAUGACAAGUAUAACAUAGCUUUCGUCCUUGAUGGCCUGGAACAAUGUCAACUUCAUCUUGACUUUGAAAACAACAAGGACCUGAGUGAUAUAAAGGAGCGAGCCUCCAUGGAUGUGCUGCUAACAAACCUCAUCAAGGGGAAUUUGCUUCCCUCUUCUCGUCUCUGGAUCAUCUCUCAACCUUCAGGAGUCGACAAGAUUCCUCCUGGAUAUAUUCAGAGAGUGACAGAAUGUCAAGAGACUGAAGAGGCCAUUAAACAGAGACUCAGAAAACACCUGCAGAGGAGAAUUGUCAAGGAUUAUGAAGAUGAAGAGAGUAAACAGGAGAGUCACACAGACCUCUACGAGAUAAAAACUCUCAAAGACACAGAAGAUAAAAAAACACUUGAAAAAGUAAAAAGCAAAGAAAUAUUUGGAUCUUCACAGAAAAACAAAGUCCGAACAGUGCUGAUGGAAGGAGUGGCUGGUAUUGGUAAAACAUUUAAAUCAAGGAAGUUCAUGGUUGACUGGGCAAAACAAAGAUCCAACACAGACAUAGACUUGAUAGUACCAUUUGAUUUCAGUGACCUGAAUUCAAGAAGAGACAAAGUUCAAAGUAUGGAAGAUCUGCUUAAUCAUUUCUUUAAUGAUAUCAAGCAACAAAGAGUUCCCGCCUAUGACAAGUAUAACAUAGCUUUCGUCCUUGAUGGCCUGGAACAAUGUCAACUUCAUCUUGACUUUGAAAACAACAAGGACCUGAGUGAUAUAAAGGAGCGAGCCUCCAUGGAUGUGCUGCUAACAAACCUCAUCAAGGGGAAUUUGCUUCCCUCUUCUCAUCUCUGGAUCAUCUCUCGACCUUCAGGAGUCGACAAGAUUCCUCCUGGAUAUAUUCAGAGAGUGACAGAAUGUCAAGAGACCUCAAAGCGCCGACAGCAGCUGGUAUCAAGCCUGAGAGAAAGAUUUAGUAGAGAAAUCACUCAAGUUGAAGACACCAGUCAUCCUAACCAGAAGAACACAGAACACAUCAUUAGAAAAGUCAGCACAGACGAGGUCAAUGAUGAAGACAAAGAUGGGCAGACUGUAAUGCUGCUGAGAGGGGGAGGCUGCUGA